AUGAAGGGUUAUGGUGGUAUCGAGAUCAAGACGGCUGGUCCCUUUUUGACUGCUGUAGAUACUACAAAAUACUCGGAUUAUCUUACGAUCGUCUCGGAGCCGAUGGAUUUCGCUAAAAUUGAACGCAAACUUAAAAGUGAUCGGUAUGGCAGCGUCGACGAGUUUAGCGCUGACGUGCAUUUAAUCUUCUCCAACUGUCACAAGUACAAUAGUGAUCCUGUGGAAGGUGCCGAUAUCCGAGCAAUGGCCACCAACCUGCGCAACUAUUUCGUUAAACUCUGCAACGAUAAGUUGGGCCCUUUAAACGGCAUGGUAAAUGAGCCGACUCACACGCCAACCCUUUCGGCCCAGAUCCCAUCACUACCAUCAUCCCUAGCUGCAACAGAUUCAAAGUCAGCAGUUCCCGCACCGAUUGUUGAAGCUAAAGCGCGUAUUGAAGUCACUGGGACAGAGUCUUCUUCGCUACACAAGCCAAAGAAGAAAACCCCUGCCCCCUCUCCGAUAAAGACACCGGUAUCUGCUUCUUCAGUGGCGACCUUUAGUAUCGCUAGCCCCGCUUGCGAACCGAAAAAGGACAUGUCAUCAAGUAAUAGCCGAGAAGCACUCGUGGUUAAUUCUACUGUCGCUGCAACCUCAGCACCAGCAGUUUCGCUGGAGCCAUUGGUUCAAGUUGAAGUAGUGCCCACCUCUAUUUUAGCAAUUUCUUCUUCUGCCAUAGGCAAGGAGGUACCUCAUGAUAGCGGCACUAAUUUGGCAGGGCUCAAUCUAGAGGAAGCGAAAAGAUUGCGCAAGGAGAUGAAAGAGAAGAGAAAGAAAGAGAAGAAGGAAAAGAAAGAGAAAAAGAAGAAAGACAAAGAGAAAAAGAGGGAGAAAAAGGAAAAGAGAGAACGUAGCAAGGUUUCAAGCUCCGCCCCACAGGAGAGUGGGUCUGUUGUCCAGGAAAGCUCCUCACCGGUAACAGCUCCAUCUAAUUUUGCCUCGACUACUGCAGCACCAGCACACGCCCUCCCUAAUGGUGGGGCAGCUGUUUUUGCUAGUAAGAUACAACCUACAGUACCUGCAACUGCAUCGGCAGCGAUCGCCUCUAAAAGAGGUUUGGUGGAACCCCACCUUACUUCUGGUUUGGUAUCAAGUAAAAAGAGCAAAAAACACAAGAAAUCGGACUUAAUUUCCUGGGAGGUUUCCUGUGGUCGCGUAUUAAACCGUUUGAGCAAGAUUGAGCAAGUGGCGAAGUUACACUUCAACCACCCUUUACUAGAGGUAUUCCCACAGCUCGCUAGCGAGUACACGAGCUUGAUCACAGAGCCGAUGGACCUGCGCACAUUGCGCGAACAGCUGCAUACUCAUGCACUAACCCAAGUAGAGUUCUUGCGGAAAGGCCGUCUCAUUUUUCUGAAUGCUAUCAAGUUUAACUUUGCCGAGGAUCCAGCUUCGGUUCAGGUCCGCAACAUGUCUGCGCAUUUGUUGUGGUACUUCGAUUCGUUGUGCGCUGAGCUGCAAAUUCAUCCGACGCCUGGGGAGGAGAGUCGUGUAAAGCGCGAUCAGUUGAGGCAUGAGCGUGCGGAGUUUGUGAAUACUGUACCGGUUGAGCUUAAAGCCAAGGAGUGUCAAAAGCUGCUCCGGGCGCUGAAUAGCCAGAAGUAUGACAAGUAUUGCUGGCCAUUCCGUAAGUCUGUCCGCGUGCUGUUCCCAUCGCUAUCACCGGAUUACUUCGAUGUUAUCAAGACACCUAUGGAUUUGUCAACUAUAGCGGAAAAGCUAAACGAGUUUGAGUAUAAGACGCACGGCGAGUUUAUUCGGGACUUGCGGUUGACGUUUGAGAAUGCCAUGGUCUACAACAGUGCGGACAAGGAUCGUGAAGGAUGGAGUGUGUAUUCAGCUGCCGCGCAUAUGCUAGCAGUAGUGGGGGACCUAUGGGGAGAUGUGACGCUGGAAGUGACUGAAAAGACUCGCCGUCGAGAAUUACUACGUAAGGAACGCAUGAAUGAGUCAAAGCGAAAGCGGAGUGAUACUUCUGAUGCCAGCGACCGUGAGAGAAAAGUUCACGGACAUCACUAUCACCCAAGUGGUGACAGUGAAUUUGGUGGACACAAGCACGAUCACAAAAGCAGCAAACACCUAGCCGAGGAAGCUGCUGUGCCUGCUGAAACCACAGCUAUCACUUCAACGUUGAAAAAGAGCACAGCUUCUGGUUCCACUGCAACUUCUGUCGUCGGGACGAUUGUUGUCGGUGGUGGAAGCGGCUCGCGCGAUGAUGCUGAUGCUUCGGAUGCGACAGCAACCCGAGUGAAAUUGCAACUUUUGCCAAACAGACCAAACAUGGAACGCAUGAACAAACAAGAGCGAAAGGCCGAAGAAAAGCGGCGGAAGCGAGCUCGGCGCGAAGAGGAAAUGGCGCGGACGGAGAAGAGACGCCGUACUGCUGUAGCAGCCACGGAUGACGCGUUGCGUGAGGCUGAGAUCCGGAGUCGUCGUAAGCUCCAGAAGCUGGAAAUUGCCGAGGCAGUGCGUCUGCGCGAAGAACGUGACCGCCGUGCCGCAGAAGAGGAAGCUGAGCGGGCUCAUCGGGUACAGAUGAAGCUGAACGCUGCUGCCUGGACCGGUGUGUUGGUACCAGCUACAGGCACUUCAUCGCGCAAAAGGACGGGUUUCUGGGCAAAGAAGCAUACGAAGUUGCAAACUCCUACGGCAUUCCAACCACCAGCUAUCAAUGCUUAG